GUAGGCAGAGAGGCGCAGCUACCACUUUGGACGGCUGCUUCCCGCCAGCCAAGACUGCGUCGCGGGGAGCCGAGCCGGAGCCAGCUGGGGAACAUGAAGAGCUUCCUGCUGCUGACCACCCUCCUUGUCCCUGCGCACCUGGCCACGGCCUGGAGCGUCAAGUACGCGGUGGAUUGCCCGGAACGUUGUGACAGUAGCGAGUGCAGGAGCAGCCUGCGCUGCAAGAGGACAGUCCUGGACGACUGUGGCUGCUGCCGGGUGUGUGCCGCGGGGCUGGGAGAGACCUGCUACCGCACCGUCGCGGCCAUGGACGGUGUGAAGUGUGGCCCGGGGCUCAGGUGUCAGUUUUACAGUGAGGAGGAUGAUUUUGGCGACGAGUUUGGUAUAUGCAAAGACUGCCCCUACGGCACCUUCGGGAUGGAAUGCAAGCAGACCUGCAAUUGCCAGUCGGGCAUAUGUGACAGGGUGACCGGCAGAUGCCUGAAAUUUCCCUUCUUCCAGUAUUCAGUAGUCAAGUCUUCCAACAGAAGAUUCCUUCCUCAUUCAGAGCACGACAUGGUGUCUGGAGAUGGCAACGCUGUGAGAGAAGAAAUUGUGAAAGAGAAUGUGGCUCGGUCUCCUGUAAUGAAAUGGUUAAAUCCACGCUGAUCCAGAGAGCAGUUCCCGAGAGAUGGCUCUACUUUAAUGAUUGUUCAACACACAGCCAACAUGUUAGGAACUGUCUAGAUUAUAGCAUAUGGACAUGCAAUUUUUGGAGACCAAGUGUGAAUCAGGGUGUACCCAGAAAAAAAAAAAAGUAGGCUACUUGCAAUCCCUAAAAUGCAUAUGACUGAACACCCUUUAGAUAUUUGUUUGUGAAAUAUUUGAAUGCCUAUAGAUUUGUUAAAUGUGUGUGUAGAGUAACACUGAAGAACUGAAAAUGCAAUUUAGGUCAUCUUACAAGGAGACUGUCAGCCAAAGCUAGUCCAAACUGCAGACCACAAUGGGACCAUGGGUUCUUUGACUUGCUCUACAUUCAUGAUGAGACAUGAUGGAGGAAGAAUUAGGAAUAAAGAAAGGUAGGAGUGGGGGUGGGGAGGGUGUGCAAAUUUAGAUCUUCCUUGUGGUAGUAGCUUCAAUUCAAUUUAAUUGUGCUUUUUAAAAAAAGAAACUUUUGGAAAAGUCAAAACAAAACAACCAGAAAACCCCUGGAGGAAGUAGGACUUGAAGCCUGUGGGAACUGGAGAAUGGCCUUGCUGUGAGGUUGAUUUCCAAGGGCUGCUAACGUAGUUCCCAGGUCACCUGUAUCUGAAGGAUGGUCGGGGGCAGAGGGCAAAUGUAGGCUGCCACACGUGGUUUUACAGAAUGCCACCUAUGAGUGAGACCUAGGAGGCACCCUUAAUUCAAUAGGCUGUUGUCUUAGCGGGCGGGGGUGUGUGUGAGGGUGAAUAUUUAUGUUUUUAUAAACUUUAUAGUACAAGUCAUCUUGCACACUUUUAUGUAUCACCCUCUGGGGGAAAUGGACCUAUUAUUGUUCAACAUGAUUACAGUAAAGGCGUAACUCAAUGAACUUUUCAGACAUCUGAAGCAUGGUAAAGUUAUUAUUAAUAAUUAUAGUAAUAUUAACAGUAACAAACAGAAGAGAACCUUAUAAGAUGUCAAAAAAAUGAGCAACGGGGGAAUUUCUUUAAAAGCAAGUGCUGUGAAUUAGAUGAAUUUUAAAUUUAAAAUAUAAAAUAACCUUUUAGGAGGUUUGGAAAAAAAGUCAAUUUUCAGCAGGAAUCAUGUCAGCUUUAAAAUAUAGUUUAUUUUCAUAUUUUUUUUCAAACUUGAUUGAUAAGUAGAAUUAGGAGUACGCCUGGGAGAAGCUUAGCACAAAUGGGACGGUUGUACUAGAUGUUGUGAGGAAAUAUUUGCAGAAGUAUUAUAUUUGGAGUAAAGAACUUAUUUAAGAAUUAUUUCACUAUUUACCUAUAUUUUAUUCUUGACGUUUGCCAACAGAGGUGUGAAUGUGUGCGUGGAAGGUCUUUGAAUGUAAGCUGAAUAAGCUGUUAGGUUUUGUUUUAAAAGGACCAGUUCAUUACUGUUCAA